UCUGUCGGUCCGCGAUGGAGCUCCGGACUCAGCAGAUGGGAGUCUGACUUCGGCUCCGUCGUCGUGCUUUGUCUUUACUCAUGUGGCGACUUUUCCUCCGUACUGUCUGUUCGUAAAGGUACCGGUACCGGAUUUGAAGUAGUCCAGUACUCAGAGCCUCAUCAUGUGUUUCCUGUUGGAGAGGAAUAUUUUCAGACUGAGGUGGGAUUAAUGGAGAGGCAGACCUGAGGAGUGAUUCCUGAAGCUGCUCAUACACAGACUGAAGGUUCUUGUGGAACUGUGCGAGACGUUUGCAUGGAGCCGCUCAGAGACAACUUCAGAGAGCAAGAAUGAGAAUAAGAUGUGCUCACUACUUACAUAGAUUGAGACACAGGUGCUUCCUGUUUGCUCUGUCUCUGCUGGUGGUCUGUCUGCUCAAGCUGGUCUACAUUAAAGUGACAGUGAGGGACAGCGUCUACAUUGAGCCCUAUGGUAUCACUGUCAGCAUAUCCAGAAUCCACAACCGCAGGUAUGACGUCAACUGCACUGCAAUAUAUGAGCUGGAUCCUGUGGAGAUCGGCAAAGCUCUGGAGAUAAAACAGAAAGUCAUUAUAGACGUGGAUGAUGAUAGCACUGUGAGUCUGACCUCAGACUGUCAAACAUUUAUCAAAACGAGGGCCUACAAUGAGGUCCCAGUGUCGGACACAGAGAGGAACUUCCCGCUGGCUUACUCUUUGGUGGUGCAUAAGAACGCACCCAUGGUGGAGCGUAUUCUUCAUGCCAUCUACUCACCUCAUAACAUCUACUGCAUUCACUAUGAUCAGAAGGCCUCUCCACUGUUUAUAAAGGCUGUGAAAAACCUGGCUCACUGUACUCCAAAUGUGUUUAUUGCCUCAAAACUGGAGUCUGUGGAAUACGCCCACAUCAGCAGGCUUAAUGCCGACCUCAACUGCCUCUCUGACCUGCUUAGGUCGGAGGUCAAGUGGAAGUACGUCAUCAACCUGUGCGGCCAGGACUUUCCUCUCAAGUCAAACUAUGAACUGGUGAUGGAGCUGAAGCAGCUGAAUGGCAGUAACAUGCUGGAGUCCAGUCGACCCAGUGAACUGAAGAAGCAGCGUUUCCGUUUCCAGCACGAGCUGAAGAACGUGCCUUAUGAGUACCGUCGUAUUCCCGUCAAAACCACGGUGGCCAAAGAUGUUCCUCCUCACGGUAUCGAGAUGUUCAUCGGAAGUGCGUAUUUUGUCCUGUCAAGAGAUUUUGUGAAUUACAUCAGCAGCAGCCAGGUGACGAAGGACUUCCUGAUAUGGUCUGCUGACACAUACUCACCAGAUGAACACUUCUGGGCCACGCUUGUCAGGGUCGCUGGGGUUCCAGGACACAUCCCCAGGUCCGCGGCGGAUGUUACAGAUCUGAAGAGCAAGACACGACUGGUGAAGUGGAACUACUUGGAAGGAAACCUUUACCCAGCAUGCACAGGUACACACAUGCGGAGUGUUUGCAUCUAUGGAGCUGCUGAACUUCGCUGGCUCCUUAACUAUGGCCACUGGUUUGCUAACAAGUUCGAUCCCAAAGUGGACCCGAUCCUGAUCAAGUGCUUGGAGGAGAAGCUGAUGGAAAAACGCCAGUAUGUGCAAACAUGAUAGUGAAGAGGAGAGAGUGGUUUCAGUAUUUAUUAUGUGAUUAGAAAUUAAAAGUAACAAAGUUUGACUCAAUCACCAUCAGUUUUGGGAUCAUGUGAGUAUUUUCCUUCUGUUGGUUUCACUGAAAAAUAUUGAACUUGUUCGUGGCCACAUUUGUCUGAUGGCUUUUUAUUACUGUGCAGAUUAAGAUUUCUCAAGCAAACACAUGAAAGAUCAUGGGUCAUAAAAUGUGGAUUUCUAUACUUAAUGCUGUAUAGAGGCAUCAUCUGAACCUCCCAGAAUGCAUCUGUAAUUUAACAUUGUGAAAAAGACCAUUCUUGGAACUCACUUGAUGUAUUUUACUUUUGUUAACUAUUUCUAAAAAAUUGAUUGCUGGACUUUUACCUGUAAUUCAUUAUGUUUAUGUAGUGGUGAAGGGAUUUCAAUCCUCUCUCCAACUCUGCUGGAUCAUAUCAUCCUGCUGUAGCGGGACGCUGAACUCGCUCAGCAGGGAGUCUUCAUUCAUUCCAGUCAAGGUCAGGCUGUAGCUUCCAGUGACAACACAUUUCAUCAGUAACACAAGCAGGUGAAAAAGUGCCUAUGACUAAAAUACAAUGGGUCAUUUCAGGAAGUGCUUUUCUUAAAGGAAGUGCCACGUGAUAUAUAAUCAUGUAAUUACAGUGAGAGAGCAGUACUCUUACAGUGAGAUUAGAAAUACCAAAGAUCCAUGUUGUUGUCAUGUGUUCUGUAAAGUAAAUGUUCCACCAAUGUUUUUCUUUUUUAUUGAAGAAAACACUUGAUUUGACAACAGUUUAGAAUGAAAUGUUUCAGGGGAAAGCUUUUGAUCUCUGAUGAUUUAUUUAUUUCAAAAUAAAACUAUGAUGCUUCUUA